AUGGACAUUUUGCCUAGUUUCCCGCCCAAAUCAGGGCAAGAAAAAGGUGAUGUACACUUCUCCAUAAAGCUGCAUUAUGAUGGAAAGCUUGUGGUUGGUGUAAAUAGUAGGAGAUAUGUUGGGGGUAAAGUAUGUUUCUUUGACUGGGUUGAUAGUGACUACAUGGGAAUGAUAGAAUUGAAAGACAUGGUUAGGGAGUUGAAUUUAUUUGGCUCUAUGACUUAUCACUAUAAAGUUCCUGCGAGGGAUCUAUACCAUGGGUUUAGGAACUUAGAAGAUGAUAGUGACUGUGUAGAAAUGGUUAGGUGGAUCAAAUUAAGCAAGACCAUUGAAGUGUACGUAGAACACCAUGAAAUCUUUUCUAAUGAAAACCACCACCUAACUACCGGAGUAGCUGUUGAGGAGCACUUAACUACUGGAGUAGCUGAUGAGGAGCAGGACGGGAAUGGAGAUAGAGAUGUGUAUGAGGGUGAUGAAGAUCAAGAUUACACAAACUCAAGUGAUGAUAAAACAGACUUGGAGGAUUUCGUAGAUAGUGAAGCUGAUGAUGAUGAAGAUGAUAGACUGUUUGAUAUCCAUGUGGACAAAAAUGUUGAGUGGGGAGGGUUGUCCAUGGGAAAGGGAAAAGAGCCAAUGACUAUUAGUAGUACCCAAGCAAAUGACAAUGAAGAAUCAGAUAUAGAGGCUCAAUCUGAUGAGCUUAUCAGCCUCAAUGGCUCUGAUGGUGAGGAAGGUAGAGAAGAACCUAUUGUUUUUAAUCCUACCUCAGACAUGGCAAACCCAAAGUUCAAGGUUGGGAUGAUUUUUUCUACAAGAAAGUUGUUCAAAGCUGCAGUGAAAGAGCAUGCCAUAAAGACUGCAAAAGCCAUAAAGUUUGUCAAGAAUGAUUCCAAAAGGGUUAGGGCUGCCUGCAAAAAACCAUGUCCAUGGUCUUUGCUUGCAUCUAAGAUGCAAGGUCUGGACAGUUUUCAAGUAAGGACCUACAUUUAUACACACAACUGUAAAAGGAUUUUUCACAAUAGACAAGUGACUUCUACAUGGUUGUCAAACAAGUAUGUGGAGACCCUUAGAUCUAAUCCUAGCUGGCAAGUUAAAUGCAUGAAAGACCAAGUUCAGAAAGAUCACAAGGUGGGGGUAUCAAGGUCUCAACUGUAUAGAGCAAAGUCAAAGGCCAAGGAAAUGAUUGAGGGUAGCCAUGUGGAGCAAUAUGCCAAGCUUCCAGACUAUUGUGAAGAGCUUAGAAGGACAAACCCUGGCAGUACUGUUAUAAUGAAAACCAUUGAAGAUGAAGAAGGUGGAGAGAAAUCAAGGUUUGAAAGAUUGUACAUUGCUUUAGGGGCUUGCAAAGAGGGUUUCAUGGCUGGUUGCAGGCCAUUCAUUGGCUUAGAUGGGUGCCAUCUUAAAGGCCCUUACAAAGGGCAGUUGUUAGUUGCUGUUGGGAUUGAUGGUAACAACCAGACAUAUGCAGUUGCAUAUGCAGUAGUUGAAGCUGAGAACAAGGCAUCCUGGAAAUGGUUUCUUGAGAUCCUAUCUGAAGAUCUUAAUAUAUACAACAACCCCAAUUUCACUUUCAUUUCAGACAAACAAAAGGGUUUAAUUGCUGCUUGUGGAGAGGUAACCCCAUAUGCGGAACACAGAUUCUGUAUAAGGCACUUCUACAAUAACUUCAAGGAAUUUCACAAGGGCUUACACUUGAAGGAGCUACUAUUCAGUGCAGCUAAGGCUAGUUAUGUGGCUCGGUUCAAUUUUCAUAUGGAAGAACUGAAUGCAGCUGAUGAGGGAGCCAUCAAUUGGUUAGCUGAUCACCCACCUAUGCAUUGGUCAAGAUCCCAUUUUAAGACCAUGAGCAAAUGUGAUGUUUUGGACAACAAUAGAUGUGAAAGCUUUAACGAUACCAUUUUAGAUGCAAGGUCAAAAACAAUCAUACCAAUGUUAGAGGAGAUAAGAUUGAUUUUGAUGGAGAGAAUGCAAAAAAGAAGAGAGAAAAUGAGGGAGUACACUGGUGUUCUAUGUCCCAACAUCAGGUGUAGGCUUAAUAAGAGGUCAGAUUAUGCAAGCGCGAAUUGUUUGGCUUAUUGGUCAGGAGAGAGGAUAUACCAAGUUCACUGCUUUAGUGGUGAACAAGUCACAGUUGAUCUUACUGACCACACCUGUACAUGUAGGAAAUGGGACCUCACUGGCUUUCCAUGUGCUCAUGCAAUUGCAGCCAUUGAGUACAAUCAUGAGAAUGUAGAUGAAUAUGUUGACCAUUGGUUCACAAAACAGACUUACAUGGCUAGCUAUGAGCCAAUAAUCUAUCCAAUGAAUGGUGCAGAUAUGUGGCCCAAAACAGGUGUCAUUGGACCAUUGCCACCGAAUGUUAAGAUUCAAUCAGGAAGACCAAAGAAACUGAGGAAGAGGGGACCUGAUGAACCACAGAUUGGCACCAAGUUGAAGAGAAGAAACACCACAACAACAUGUGCCCAAUGUGGUAACCUUGGGCAUAAUAAGAGAACUUGCAAAGGACAACCAGUCACUGAAAACCAGGGUACAACUAGGGCAAAGCUACUAUGCAUACAGGUUAGAAAGAAGCACACCACUGCCAAUGGACAACAACAAAAUGCAAGCCAACCAACCAUGGGGACCAGUGGCAGCCAACCAACCAUGUGGACCAGUUUCAGCCAACCACAAGCAGCAAUGGGGACCAAUAGGCCAUUCAAUAUGAGGGCAACACAAGCAACAAAGGCUGGCAAUAUAAGGGCACCACCACAAGCAACCCAUGGUGUCAAUAUAAGGGCACCACCACAACCAAACCAUGGUGUCAAUACAAGGGCCAAUCAAAGGAAGUUCAUCAACUAUUCUGGAUUGCCAAAAGCUUCGACCAAAAGAGCUUGAUAUGGCCACUGUGUUUGUUGUGCUCUUUUGUUGGAAACAUCUACUUUUGGAGAAGUUAUUUUUGUUAUUAUGGGGUCAUGGUUUAUGUAAUGUUUGGACCUGUUCUUUAUGUAAUAUUUGGACCAGUUCUUCAACUGAGAGAGCUUGAUAUGGUUGAUAUUAUGGACUAGCUUGAUAUGGCUACUGUGUAAUGGCUUUUGGUUAUGGACAUAUUGUAAUGGUUUAUGAAUGCCAAAGGUGGCUUCUUUGAA